UGUGUUAGUUAGUCCUCUAGGUCCACCAUGAUGAGGGUACACACACUGGUGCUAAGUGUCCUGACAAUAAUCGCAUUGUCACAGUGUUCACAGAUCCGCUAUGACGGCUACAAGGUGGUGAGGGUUGUUCCACAGAAGGUUGAGCACUUGUUGGCCCUCAAAGCAUUGCAGGGACAGCAGGGUCAUGACAGGGUUGACUUCUGGAUUGAGCCUCGUCAGGUCGGCGUACCUGUGGACCUGAGCCUAUCCCCAGCGGUAUUCCAGCAUUUGUUUUCUUCCUUCACUCUGUGGGGAAUGCAUCCCGUGGUCAUUCUAAACAACGUUCAGGAGACGAUAGAUGCCCAGAGACCCGCCCCUAUUGAGGCAGAGGCUGACUUCAAUUACGAAGAUUAUCAUGAACUUAGCGAGAUCGAAGCAUGGAUGAAGAACAUCACUGAUGUUUACAGCGAUAAAGCUUCAUUGUUCGAAAUAACGAAAUCCUACGAGGGUCGAACCAUCAGGGGCAUCAAGAUCAGCAGCAAGAGUAGCCCUACUCCCAGGCCGGCAUUCUGGAUGGAAGGCGGUAUCCACGGACGGGAGUGGAUAUCACCAGCUACUGUUAUUUACAUGACGGGGCAGAUGCUGGACGAAUACGAUAAAGAUGCUGAUAUGAAGGAAUUUGUAGACAGCUAUGACUGGUAUAUACUCCCGGUUUUCAAUGUGGACGGCUAUGAUCGUACCUGGAAUGGGGACCGGAUGUGGAGGAAGACUGUGUCCAAACACGGGAUAUGUAUAGGUGUUGAUCCAAACCGGAACUGGGAUUUCCAUUGGUGUGAGAAUGGAGCUAGCAAAGAUCCGUGUUCAGACCUUUAUUGCGGCCCAUCUGCAUUCUCCGAGGUAGAGGUCAAAGGAGUUGCGACUUAUAUCGAGGGUAUCAAAGAGAACCUCAAAGGUUUUAUCGACUUCCACAGCUUUGCCGAGAUUUGGAUGACUCCUUGGGGAUACACAACGGAACUGCCUAAGGAUUUCAAGGAACUGGAUGCAGGAGCAGUGGCUGCAUGCAACGCAUUAGAGGCAGUCCAUGGGACAAAGUACGAUCACGGCAGUGUCGCUAACAUUCUCGAUGUAUCCAGUGGGAGCAGUGCGGACUGGACAUAUGGAGCUGUGGGAGUCAAGUAUUCGUAUGGUGUGGAGCUGAGGGACAAGGGUCAGUACGGUUUCCUACUACCGGCGGACCAGAUCCUUCCUUCUGGGCAGGAGACUCUCCAAGCUAUUAUAGCGCUGACUAAAUUCAUCACUAACAAUCCAUAGUACUCCCUUGACUGUAUGAAAAUUAUCCGGCGAAAAUAAUGUUUUCCAUGAGAACAAAUCUAGACCCAGGCUCCCAUACUUGCUGUGAGGCUGACUUAUCGUUUUCUAGAAUAAGUUACUUACAACUUAUGUAACUGGACUAUUGAUAUAUUUAUUUAGAUAGACAACACGACAAACACAAGUAUAUGAAACUUCUGAGAUUAUAACCUUACUCUAUGUCAUGUUAAACUUUUCUCCUAUUCAAACUGCUGUGGAUCUUACUACGUUUAAUCCACUGGAUCGAUCGAAUCCACAUGGGAUGAUGUCAAAAUAAUUUUGUGUGUGGUUUCUGUUAUGGGAGAAAUAACAUGUAUAAAAGUUGAUAUGAUCAAGAUAUGUAUUUCAACAACUCCUUUGUCUUAAUAUAUUGAACAAAUAUAAAUCAGAAUCAAUCAUCACUCUUUGGAUAUCAUGUACUACUAAUUGUUGGCAAGAAAUUAUUACUUGAUACAGAUGAUUAAUUGAAUUGUUAUGAUAGUAGCCAUAUAUUUUACCUUUCGCUGAAUAAAUGUUAUUGAUCUG